CGGUUUCCAUGGUCUCUCUGACUCUCGGCGGUGGUCAGUUCGGAUUUGGUGGCGGAUUUAGCAGCGGAUUCGGUGGUGGACUUGGUGGUGCCUUUGGCCCUACCUUUGCCGGCACAUUCGCACGGCAAGAACAGUAUUACCCGCCGCAACCGUACAGCUUCGGCUACAACAACGUCGACCAGUACGGCACCAGGUCCUACCGCAAAGAGCAGGGCGACGCCUCUAACACCAAGACGGGCAUGUACGGCUACUCGGACGCCAACGGCAUCUUCCGCCAGGUGAAGUACAUCGCUGAUGCUGGCGGAUUCCGCGCAAAGAUUGACACCAACGAGCCCGGAACCGCCCCUGGAGCCAGUGCCGACGCGGUCUACAAUGCCAACCCUCUCCCCGCUGGCCCGCAGUACCGAAUCAUUGGUGGAUCCUCCCCCUUCUCCUCUCCCUACACGAGCGCCUCGACUUCUGGCUUCGGUUACGGCCGUCCUUGGUCUGGAUAGUCAAGUUCAUGAUGUAGGGAAGCGUUUGCUGAGUAAUUACUCCGGCUUCUGACGCUGUUUCUUUUUCAAGGAAACAGGCAUGCAAGCCGCUCUCAGAGGCUGGAAUUUCUUGUGUACAGUGUACUUAUAUACACGAAAUAAAAUGUUCA